GCACUAUUGUAUCACCACUGCAGUGUUUGACAGAUCAUGAAGUUCAAACUUCCCAAUCCUGGCCUGGAGGACAGGAUAUUGUCCUAUGAGCAGCUGGACUCACUGGAGGAGAAAGAGGCUGGGGACAGACCCAAAUGGGACAACAAGACUCAGUACAUGCUGACCUGUGUUGGGUUCUGUGUGGGACUCGGAAAUGUCUGGCGCUUCCCCUACCUGUGUCAGAGUCAUGGAGGAGGUGCAUUUAUGAUACCAUUUCUGAUCCUGCUGGUCCUUGAAGGAAUACCUCUCCUGCAUCUCGAGUUUGCCAUAGGACAACGUAUAAGAAGAGGCGGUUUAGGAGUGUGGGGUGCAAUUCAUCCCUAUUUGACCGGCAUUGGUAUUGCAUCCAUGUGUGUAUCCCUGACGAUCAGUCUCUACUACAACACCAUCAUUGCCUGGAUCCUGUGGUACUUCUUUAACUCAUUUCAAGACCCUUUGCCUUGGAGUCAAUGUCCCAUGAAUGCCAAUUUAACAGGCAUUGUCUCAGAGUGUGAGAGGAGCUCCCCUGUGGAUUAUUUCUGGUACAGGGAGACCCUGAACACAACCCCAAAUAUUGAAGACGAUGGCGGUCUGCAGUGGUGGAUACUGCUAUGUCACAUUUGUGCGUGGUCUGUGCUCUAUAUCUGCAUUAUUCGUGGUAUUGAGACCACUGGGAAGGCUGUGUAUGUGACUUCCACCCUUCCCUAUGUGGUGCUGACAAUAUUCCUGAUCAGAGGGUUGACCCUGAAGGGCUCUUUGAAUGGAGUUAAGUUUCUCUUCACACCAGAUUUAGCAGAGCUGGCAAAGCCAUCAACAUGGCUCGAUGCGGGGGCUCAAGUUUUCUAUUCCUUCUCUCUGGCUUUUGGUGGUCUUAUUUCCUUCUCAAGCUACAAUUCAGUGCAUAACAACUGUGAACAGGAUGCAGUGAUCAUCUCUAUAAUCAAUGGUUUCACCUCCGUCUAUGCUGCAACUGUCAUCUACACCAUUAUCGGCUUCAGAGCAACAGAAAGAUUUGACAAUUGCCUUUCAGGAAACAUCCUAGCAUUACUGAAUAUGUUUGAGCUUCCCGAGGGCUACAUCACUGACAGCAACUACGAUCAGGUUGUUCAACGCCUAAAUGAAACAAGCCCUGAGAUUAUUCAACAGCUCGAUCUUCCAACCUGCAACUUGAGAACUUUUCUCAGUGAGGGAGUUGAAGGAACCGGUUUAGCCUUCAUUGUGUUCACUGAGGCUAUCACCAAGAUGCCCCUUUCCCCAUUGUGGUCCGUCCUUUUCUUCAUCAUGCUCUUUUGCCUCGGCCUGUCUUCUAUGUUUGGUAACAUUGAGGGAGUUGUGGUGCCACUGCAAGACCUCAAGGUUUUCCCUAAGUCAUGGCCAAAAGAGGCUAUCACCGGUGUCACCUGCAUGUUCUGUUGUCUGGUGGGUCUGAUAUUUCUCCAAGGCUCAGGGAAUUAUUGGCUUUCACUUUUUGACACCUAUGGAGGAUCCAUCCCUCUGCUGGUGGUUGCAUUCUGCGAGAUGUUCUCAGUCGUGUACAUAUAUGGAAUAGACAGGUUCAAUGAUGAUAUUGAGUUCAUGAUUGGUCACAAACCCAACUUCUUCUGGCAGGCAUCAUGGAGAGUCAUCAGCCCGCUAAUUAUGCUCGUCAUCUUGGUCUUCUACUUCAUCACUAAAGUUUCUGAAAAGAUCCUUUACAAGGCUUGGGAUCCAGAAUCGGAUAAUUUCCCUACACUGGAGGAAAAGCUCUAUCCAUCCUGGAUCUACGUGAUCAUCUUUAUAUUGGCAGGGAUACCAGCUCUUGCUGUGCCUUUAGUUGCUGUCUGGAAAUGUGUAAUGACAAAGAAGAGGGAUAAGUUACAUAUUGAUAAUAUCGCUGACCAAAUUCAAAUAAACGAUGAAAUCAAAAAAAAUCCCAGCCUAAUAUUCUGGUAAAGUCCACUAUUUUCUCUUUCCCAAAAUAAUGAAUCGACUGCUAUAACGGUUUAAUCGAUGCAAUUCAAAAAUAAGAGACAAAGCUUUUCUGAACAGAACUCCCUGUUUCUUCAGCUACCUGUAACAUCAAGUAAAGCUCUAAUUUCUUCGCUGUGAAUCAGAUGACUAUAUGAAACGCUGUAAAAUUAAAAAGAAACAGUUACAUAACAAUUUGUCGCCACAGAGGCUUAUUGGUUUAUUCAAGUUUAUUUGAUCUGACUUUUUGCAUGGCCUUACUUUCAGAACACCUUUUACAUUAAGAGAUUGUCAUUCUAAAAACACCAUAAACAUUGAUCUCAUACAUUAACAGUGAGUGAAGUACUACUAUCUUCGUAAAAGCAACAUUUUUUUAUAGCUAUUAUAAUGGGGAGCAUCAUAUCGCGCAGUCCAUUCGUUUGUGAUGCAUUGUGGCCUUCAUCAUGUUCGCUUUCAGAAAGAUGGAAAGCACCAUUAGGGAGAAUAUUUGAGGGAAAAUGAUGGGACCCUUGCAGUGUCUUCCACAUCAUUAACUUUGCCUGAAGCUCUAUCUCAUAGAGAUACUGUAUUUCUGAUCUUACAUGUGACCAGGUGGGCCCUGCUUCCUAUAACUUUGUGUGAGGUUAUAACAUUAUAUAUAUUUCUUAACCCUUAUGUUCUGUUCGGGUCUCCUGUGUGUUGAACCUGAACACACACAUGCACGUGUGCAAUAUGUGGUGUCAUGUGUUUUGGGGCCAUAGAAUAAAAUUACAACAGGAUUGUACGGUUAUGAAUGCAUAAUAAGUUAGUUAUGAUGUAGUUAAAACAAUAUUGGAUGAUAGGCAUUUUUUUGUUGUGUUUUGGACUGAAAUAAAUUAUGGGUCAAAAUUGACCCGCGAACACCAUGAACGGUAACAGCUUUCGAACACAACACAAGGGUUAAUCCAAUUUGUAUUUUGUAAGAAAUUGACCAAGAGAAAAUCUAAUGAAGUAAAUUUAAGCCCAUAAUAGAUUACUAUCCCAGGGUAACGCUGUGAGUUCAUACUUUUGUGGGGUUAACUUUGAUUAGACAGCUACAGUUUACCAUGUGAUUCACUAUUUGAUUUUAAGAAUGGGAGGAAGUACUAUCCCAAAAGGAAACUGACUUCGAGCCAUGCAAUGAAAGUACAUUAAUCUGUCCAGCUGGGGUCACUAUUGUGAUGUGUUUGAGAAGUAAAUAGUAAUCAUCUGCUUAUUCAGCUGCUUAUUGUUAUUUAAAUGCAUUUACCAUGUGUAAAUACAUGCUUUAUGAGUUUACUUUAAUAUUCAAUUGAAUUAUAAUGGAUGUGACUGAUUGUAGUCUGUAUGAAUAUGAAAGAUAACAUAAUUCAAAUUAAGUUUGAUAAGGAACUGCAUCCACAAUAGAUACUUGUACAGUACCUUUUGUAAGGGAUAAUAACCAUUGACUGAAGUAAUGGAAACCUUGUACAACUGUAAAAUAAUAAAUGCAAUGUAGACUGUAUCACGUUAUGAA